AUGCGAUCCAAGUUCAAGGACGAGCACCCCUUCGAGAAGCGCAAGGCUGAGGCCGAGCGGAUCCGUCAGAAAUACGCCGACCGCAUCCCGGUCAUCUGCGAAAAGGUCGAAAAGUCAGAUAUUGCGACUAUCGACAAGAAGAAAUAUCUCGUCCCUGCGGAUCUCACAGUCGGCCAGUUCGUCUAUGUCAUCCGCAAGCGUAUUAAGCUGUCUCCCGAGAAGGCGAUCUUCAUCUUCGUCGACGAAGUGCUACCGCCCACCGCUGCUCUGAUGAGCAGCAUCUACGAGGAGCACAAGGAUGAAGAUGGUUUCCUAUACAUUACGUACUCUGGCGAGAAUACGUUCGGUGAUUGUUAA